UUCACGUUGCACUUUCCAGUCACCAAUCAGCACCACCCCAGGGGCUGAACGAAGAGUAUUUAACUCAAGUCUGUGACUGAAUACACAGAGCAGGACAGACCAGUUGACAGACUUGUCUAGAGGAGGUCUGGAGCACUAUUCUACAUCUCUUUCAGGUUACUGCUCUGUUGUACAUGAUGACUCCAAGGAAGAUGCUGCCAUUCACCGCUGGAGCUCUGCUUCUUCUUUUACCCUGGUUUGGUGGCCUGACCUCUGGAGAGCUCAGCCCGUCAAAAUUUACCAUGUGCCAAAAGUUCUUCUACAACAAAACUCCACCAGAGGGUUUUGGAACCGGACAUCAGGCGAUAUGCCAGCGCUACAAAAAUCAAUACCGCUUUGCAACACUUUAUGAUCCUCAGAAACGUACAGCACUGUUCUCUGCAUACCUGAUGAGCUCCUCAAAUAGACCGAGGCCAGAAGACACUUGGAUGUAUGAACCACAGUUGGCGUCUGAGAAAGAACGGGAAAUGAAGCCUUUCCCAGAUCCUGUUGGCCAAAACGUGAUUAAAAGCCAGGCUGUGCCUGCAGACUAUGCAGACAGCCUCUACACCAAGGGUCAUCUCGCUCCAUCCCAGCACCUGAACACAGACGAUGACCGUGCGGCCACCUUCACUCUGACAAACAUUGUUCCCCAGAGGGAGGGGUCCAACAACGGGCCCUGGGGUGAUCUGGAGACAGAGGUUUUGGAAAGAUUCAAUACCUACUGCAAUGGACAGAUGUAUGUGAUCACCGGCACCAUACCUUAUGAGCCAGUACGCCUGCUCAAUAACCGAGUGUCUAUUCCUGAGUACAUAUGGUCUGCUUACUGCUGCCCAUCCUUCAGGCCUGACCCAAAUGUGAAAGCCUAUUUCCCUACAUAUGCUGCAGUGGGAAGAAAUGAUCCCAACAGUGGAGAGGAGAUUGUGAAAAAAGAUCCCUCACCCUAUGCUGUGAAGGAGAUGACCUUGGUGAAACUGGAGAAAAUCCUGUCAGAACGUCUGAAUAAGAAAAUCAGUCUGUUUUACCAGAACUGUCAGGUUUCCAAGUCUUAGCUCUUUGUUUAAAUCAAGUUAACUUACCCACAGAGACACAAAACACAGGUUUCAACCUCAGACUAAAUGUUUCAUCAAGAUGUCAUGUGUCAUGAUGGCUGGGAAAUAAAUGCUCACAAUAAAUAUGAUACAUAAUGAAUAUUUCCUCUGUGUUGGGAGUGUGUUUUCAAAUAAAGACUGAAAUGGAUUAAAAGCA